AUGGGCGAAUCAAGACGGUUAAAUCCAAAUAUUUUAGUGACAGGGACACCUGGGACAGGGAAGUCUACAACUUGUGAAUUGCUACUGCGCAAUUUGCCUGACUACACAUAUUAUAACAUUUCGGAUUUUGCUGCUAAGAACAAAUGUUACGAUGGGUACGAUGAGGCUCGUAAAUCUCACAUUGUUGACGAGGACAAACUGUUAGAUGAAUUGGAACCAUUGCUUCAUUCUGGUGGAAAUAUUAUAGAUUGGCAUGUGAACGAUGUUUUCCCAGAGAGACUGAUUGACUUAGUAGCCGUACUUCGAUGCGACAGCUCUGUUUUAUUUGAUAGACUGAACAAGAGAGAGUACCAUAGUUCCAAAAUAGAUGAAAAUAUGGACGCUGAAAUAAUGGGUGUUGUAUUACAAGACGCAUUGGAUUCAUACGAAGAACAAAUAGUUGUUGAAUUACAGAGUGACGAUACCGAACAAAUGGCAGCGAAUGUUGACCGUGUCGUUACAUGGACCACAAUGUGGAAGGAACAACAUCCGGAGGGGGUCACGAAUGAGCUAAGUGCGCAUCAGGCCAAGAAAGAAAGAAACGAUGAGUCUGAAGAAGGGGACUUUGAAGAGCAAGGCAGUGAUGCCUCAAGUGAAAGCGAAAGUGACAGUGAAAGCGAGGGAUCAAAGUAA